AUGCCACAGGCUUCAGGGCCAGGUAUUGGAGAUGGAGGUAAGACCAUCAUCGCCAUGGUGAUACAACAGUGCAAUGUUUUUGUUGCAAUGUUUUUUUUGGGGUCCUCGGCUAACAGUUUGGUACAUUGCACAGACAUGGAUUGACCGCACUAUAUUGAAAGCCAUAGAAGAACUAACCUGUGUCUGUGUGAUUUACAAUAUAUCUUAUGAAGUCAGUGCAUGUCCAAUUUAGACUUGAACUUUACUACAUACAGUACAACAGAGAAGUUGAGUUGUGGUGGUUGAGUCAUCUCUAAGUCUGUUCUAAAUAGUUUAGUUCACCUCUUUAACUAAUGUCACUGCAAAGUUUUUCUUCUUUAAACUCUGUGGGGGUUUUUUUUAACCACACAGCGGUUUCUGAACUACUACGGCAUGAUCUGGGUGGGGAACGUAGAGAGGAGUGCGACACAGCCAGUCAACAGGAAGUAGAGGAAGCUGAGCAGACCCAGAGCUCCGAGAGAGGGGUGUGGCAGCCAGGUAAAGGAACCAGGGAGGUAUUAAGUGCUGAACCUUAUGUUGCAGAUAUAAAUAUUAUUAAUAGAGCUGCUAAGAUUCCCUAUUCUAUCUGACAGACAAUCAUAUUCUUUCUACAUGAUACAUUUCUAUCUGAACAUGCUGUAACAGUACACCUUCCUUAACAGGUAGCCCCAGUACUCAGUGACCCUCUAAUCCUCACCAUAGGCCUGACUUUCAAUUUACACUUGAAGUAAAACCUAAUCAAAUCACAUUUUCAAACUGUCAUUUCCAACAGUAGAAAGCAGCUGCCAAACAACAAAGAAGAGAGGUUUCUUUCAUGACUUUGAUGUUGUUUCAAUGCACCAGUAAAGUUUCAAAGAGCUGUGCUCAUGUGAUGCCUGGAUAGUUUUCAAACAGAAAAUCUUUAAUUAUGCAUUCACUUAUUAUGGUGACCUGUGUUUUGCAGAGACCUCUGUGGCCAGGAGGAACUUCCAGAUGAACUUUGACCUGGUGCUCCAGAACAUCCAGCAGUUGAACAUCCUGGCUGGAGAAGGAGAGUCCUACAUCAGGGCCACGUCCAGAGGGGCACAGCUGGCCCAGCAGCACCUCAUCCCACUGCAGCUCUACAGCAAUGGCAUCUUCAUGUUCAAUGGGCCCUUCCGCUCUUACCAGGAAGCCAGCACACAGGUACAGACAGAGACUAUAUAGGGAAUACUCGCUACACUCUGACUGGCUAGUCAGUACAUAAUCUCAGCACCCAGAACCAAAUCAGCUACUGUUAAGGCUAUUACGAGAGAGUACAACACACCUAACCAGGCACUGAAACUUAGACUAGAUAUUUAAACCAGGCAUGACUUUAGAUACAUAUUCACUGAAGAUUAUUUGAUUUCAAUGUUUCCAUAUAUUGACUCUCUCUCAGAUUGUAGCAGACAGAAUAACUAAGAACAGAAAGCUCAGUUUGUAUCUCAGUCCAAUGUGUCUGACACCCAGCCGCUAAUGACUUUAACAGCAGUGCAUGCAAGACCUGAUGGACGGAUACUUCCCUUCUGAGCUACAGGACAGGUUUGCAGAUGGGGUGCCCUUUCAGGUGUGUGUGUGCAUGUGUGAAUUUCAAAUGUGCUUACGGUAAGAAAACUGACGACAUGGACAACAUAUUUCCUGUUUGUUUUGUGGUGAGUAGUGGGACUUCCUCUUUUGGUGUUCACAGGUUCACGACAGGCGAGAGGAGGAGUUCAAAGAGAGGCGACCGUGGGCGGAGUUCCCUGGGAAGGGGCAGGCUGUUGUUGGAGGCACAGAGGGGGAGAAAUCAACAGACAGCUUAGGACACGCCUACUGUACACUCUCUCAGAUACCCGGUCGGUCCUCUCAGUAUCACUUCAAUUUGUUCUCCAAAACAUGUGCUACACUUCACAAACUAGUUGAACCAACUUCAAAGGUGGAAUCUCAAUAGUAUUUCUUGGAUUGCUCGAGUCCUCUCUCCUCUUCCUGAAAAUGCAUGAGAUGGCGAGGAACCUUAGAUCUUCUCCAAUGUGUUUUGAGGAGAGAGAACGCAAGGAAUCAAAGAAAUACAAUUGAAAUUCACAUUUGAAGUUGGUUCAACUAUACGUGUAUCACUUGAGAUUCACCCCAAGCCUCUUUUGCUCUGACUUGAACAUUGAUUUGCCCACAGACAGAAAACUGACAAUGGACCAGUUCCUGAACAGGCUUCCCAAGGUCGUAGUGAAGGCUGGUAGAGUGAUUGACAUCAGGGACUCACUGAAAGCCAGUCUACAGGUGAGACCGAUCUUUUGCAUGUUUCUGCUUGUACCUGAAGAUGAUGGACAUGAGUACUAUAUGUUAGUAAAUGUCUGUGUCUUGAGUUUAGGGCUCUUCUGAUGCUCCAAACAGCCAUGCUGUGACCCUCAUAGACACACCAGUGCUACAGGCCAUGAAAGAGAGGUAUGCAGGUACACUAUCUAGAACUAUUCACAAAACUCUUUCACUUCCACCACUAGGGGGCCUUGUGGGCCCUGGUGACAGAGGAGACCCAGGAAGAGGGACACACAUUUGCCAAUGUGGGUUAUUAACCUGUUCUCUAACUCAGGUUGGAGUUGCAUGAGACGGCCCGUGAUGUCACCACACUGAGGGUGAAGUCAGAGGAUGGCGAGCACACCUACAUCAUGAAAAUGCGCUUCUCUGAGACCAUAGGUCACCUGCGCCAGUAUCUGGACAAGCACAGGUGGGUUGGGAGCCAUUACCACAAAAUGCUGUGCAGAGUAUUUUGCCCAGGAAGUCCAUCAGGUUCACAGUACUUAAUCUCAGUCACAGUGACUUUUGGGUCAUGUUAAUCUCGGACACCCAGAACUAAAAUCUUGCAUACUGCAAAAAUGGAAGAGGCAAGUGGAAGGGGGAGAAAAUAAGGAUCUUGUCUGUCAGCCCUGCAUUCAAGACCAAAAUUGGUUAAAGAAAAUGGUGAUAAAUAGAAAAGUAUACUAGUUUCAUUUAAAGACCAAAAAAUUGACAGCUGUGCCAUACAGAUUGCAAAAUAGUUGGGAAGAGAUUCUCGAUGUACCGAUUCCAUGGCACAUGGUUUAUGAACUGAUAGACAAAACAACGCCAGAUUCAAAACUUCGAGUUUUUCCUAUUUAAAUUAUUAUACAAAAUUCUUGCAACUAACAGUAUGUUAUAUAUACAGUUGAAGUCGGAAGUUUACAUACACUUAGGUUGGAGUCAUUAAAACUUGUUUUUCAACCACUCUACAAAUUUCUUGUUAACAAACUAUAGUUUUGGCAAGUCGGUUAGGACAUCUACUUUGUGCAUGACACAAGUAAUUUUUCCAACAAUUGUUUAGAAAGAUUAUUUCACUUAUAAUUCACUGUAUCACAAUUCCAGUGGGUCAGAAGUUUACAUACACUAAGUUGACUGUGCCUUUAAACAGCUUGGACAAUUCCAGAAAAUGAUGUCAUGGCUUUAGAAGCUUCUGAUAGGCAAAUUGACAUAAUUUGAGUCAAUUGGAGGCGUACCUGUGGAUGUAUUUCAAGGCCUACCUUCAAACUCAGUGCCUCUUUGCUUGACAUCACGGGAAAAUCAAAAGAAAUCAGACCUCCAUAUCAAAAUAUAUUGUAGACCUCCAUAUGUCUGGUUCAUACUUGGGAGCAAUUUCCAAACGCCUGAAGGUACCACGUUCAUCUGUACAAACAAUAGUACGCAAGUAUAAACACCAUGGGACCACGCAGCCGUCAUACCGCUCAGGAAGGAGACGCGUUCUGUCUCCUAGAGAUGAACGUACUUUGGUGCAAAAAGUGCAAAUCAAUCCCAGAACAACAGCAAAGGACCUUGUGAAGAUGCUGGAGGAAACAGGUACAAAAGUAUCUAUAUCCACAGUAAAACAAGUCCUAUAUCGACAUAACCUGAAAGGCCACUCAGCAAGGAAGAAGCCAUUGCUCCAAAACCACCAUAAAAAAAGCUUUGCAACUGCACAUGGGGACAAAGAUCGUACUUUUUGGAGAAAUGUCCUCUGGUCUGAUGAAACAAAAAUAGAACUGUUUGGCCAUAAUGACCAUCGUUAUGUAUGGAGGAAAAAGGGGGUAGCUUGCAAGCCGAAGAACACCAUCCCAACCGUGAAGCACGGGGGUGGCAGCAUCAUGCUGUGGGGGUGCUUUGCUGCAGGAGGGACUGGUGCACUUCACAAAAUAGAUGGCGUCAUGAGGAAGGAAAAUUAUGUGGAUAUAUCGAAGCAAAACCUCAAGACAUCAGUCAGGAAGUUAAAGCUUGGUCGCAAAUGGGUCUUCCAAAUGGACAAUGACCCCAAGCAUAUUUCCAAAGUUGUGGCAAAAUGGCUUAAGGACAACAAAGUCAAGGUAUUGGAGUGGCCAUCACAAAUCCCUGACCUCAAUCCUAUACAGAAGAUAGCCCUAUUUGGUAAAAGACCAAGUCCAUAUUAUGGCAAGAACAGCUCAAAUAAGCAAAGAGAAACGACAGUCCAUCAUUACUUUAAGACAUGAAGGUCAGUUAAUACGGAAAAUUAAGAACUUUGAACGUUUCUUGAAGUGCAGUCGCAAAAACCAUCAAGCGCUAUGAUGAAACUGGCUCUCAUGAGGACUGCCACAGGAAUGGAAGACCCAGAGUUACCUCUGCUGCAGAGGAUAAGUUCAUUAGCGUUACCAGCCUCAGAAAUUGCAGUCCAAAUAAAUGCUUCAGAGUUCAAGUAACAGACACAUCUCAACAUCAACUGUGAAUCAGGCCUUCAUGGUCAAAUUGCUGCAAAGAAACCACUAUUAAAGGACACCAAUAAUAAGAAGAGACUUGCUUGGGCCAAGAAUCACGAGCAAUAGACAUUAGACCGGUGGAAAUUUGUCCAUUGGUCUGGAGUCUCCAUGUGUAUUUCCCACCGUAAAGCAUGGAGGAGGAGGAGGUGUAUGGGUGCUUUGCUGGUGACACCGUCUGUGAUUUAUUUAGAAUUCAAGGCACACUUAACCAGCAUUGCUACCACAGCAUUCUGCAGCGAUACGCCAUCCCAUCUGGUUUGGGCUUAGUGGGGCUAUCAUUUGUUUUUCAACAGGACAAUGACCCAAAACAGACCUCCAGGCUGUGUAAGGGCUAUUUUACCAAGAAGGAGAGUGAUGGAGUGCUGCAUCAGAUGACCUGGGCUUCACAAUCGGCCGACCUCAACCCAAUUGAGAUGGUUUGGGAUGAGUCGGACGGCAGAGUGAAGGAAAAGCAGCCAACAAGUGCUCAGCAUAUGGGAACUCCUUCAAGACCGUUGGAAAAGCAUUCCAGGUGAAGCUGGUUGAGAGAAAGCCAAGUGUGCAAAGCAGUCAUCAAGGCAAAGGGUGGCUAUUUGAAGAAUCUCAAAUAUAAAAUAUUUUGAUUUGUUUAACACUGUUUUGGUUACUACAAGAUUCCAUAUGUGUUAUUUCAUAGUUUAUGUCUUCACUAUUAUUGUACAAUGUAAAAAAAAAUCAAGAAAAUCCCUUGAAUGAGUAGGUGUGUCCAAACCUUUGACUGGUACUAUAUAAUAUAUAUAUUUAAGAUUAUAUACACUGCUCAAAAAAAUAAAGGGAACACUAAAAUAACACAUCCUAGAUCUGAAUGAAUGAAAUAAUCUUAUUAAAUACUUUUUUCUUUACAUAGUUGAAUGUGCUGACAACAAAAUCACACAAAAAUUAUCAAUGGAAAUCAAAUAUCAACCCAUGGAGGUCUGGAUUUGGAGUCACCCUCAAAAUUAAAGUGGAAAACCACACUACAGGCUGAUCCAACUUUUAUGUAAUGUCCUUAAAACAAGUCAAUAUGAGGCUCAGUAGUGUGUGUGGCCUCCACGUGCCUGUAUGACCUCCCUACAACGCCUGGGCAUGCUCCUGAUGAGGUGGUGGAUGGUCUCCUGAGGGAUCUCCUCCCAGACCUGGACUAAAGCAUCCGCCAACUCCUUGACAGUCUGUGGUGCAACGUGGCGUUGGUGGAUGGAGCGAGACAUGAUGUCCCAGAUGUGCUCAAUUGGAUUCAGGUCUGGGGAACGGGCGGGCCAGUCCAUAGCAUCAAUGCCUUCCUCUUGCAGGAACUGCUGACACACUCCAGCCACAUGAGGUCUAGCAUUGUCUUGCAUUAGGAGGAACCCAGGGCCAACCGCACCAGCAUAUGGUCUCACAAGGGGUCUGAGGAUCUCAUCUCGGUACCUAAUGUCAGUCAGGGUACCUCUGGCGAGCACAUGGAGGGCUGUGCGGCCCCCCAAAGAAAUGCCACCCCACACCAUGACUGACCCACCGCCAAACCGGUCAUGCUGGAGGAUGUUGCAGGCAGCAGAACGUUCUCCACGGCGUCUCCAGACUCUGUCACGUCUGUCACAUGUGCUCAGUGUGAACCUGCUUUCAUCUGUGAAGAGCACAGGGCGCCAGUGGCGAAUUUGCCAAUCUUGGUGUUCUCUGGCAAAUGCCAAACGUCCUGCUGUAAGCACAACCCCCACCUGUGGACGUCGGGCCCUCAUGGAGUCUGUUUCUGACCGUUUGAGAAGACACAUGCACAUGCACAUUUGUGGCCUGCUGGAGGUCAUUUUGCAGGGCUCUGGCAGUGCUCCUCCUUGCACAAAGGCGGAGGUAGUGGUCCUGCUGCUGGGUUGUUGCCCUCCUACGGCCUCCUCCACGUCUCCUGAUGUACUGGCCUGUCUCCUGGUAGUGCCUCCAUGCUCUGGACACUACGCUGACAGACACAGUAAACCUUCUUGCCACAGCUCGCAUUGAUGUGCCAUCCUGGAUGAGCUGCACUACCUGAGCCACUUGUGUGGGUUGUAGAUUCCGUUUCAUGCUACCACUAGAGUGAAAGCACUGCCAGCAUUCAAAAGUGACCAAAACAUCAACCAGGAAGCAUAGGAACUGAGAAGUGGUCUGUGGUCACCACUUGCAGAACCAGUCCUUUAUUGGGGGUGUCUUGCUAAUUGCCUAUAAUUUCCACCUGUUGUCUAUUCCAUUUGCACAACAGCAUGUGAAAUUUAUUGUCAAUCAGUGUUGCUUCCUAAGUGGACAGUUUGAUUUCACAGAAGUGUGAUUGACUUGGAGUUACAUUGUGUUGUUUAAGUGUUCCCUUUAUUUUUUUGAGCAGUAUAUAUGGAAAUGAUGCAGACAAUUACAUUGAUAGAAGCCACAAUCUUUUUGCAAUAUUAAAGCUGAUCCACCCCCCUAUUUUUUGGUAUAAAUAAAUAAUAAUCUGGCAUAAUUGCCUCAGAUGCUCAAUUAAGUUCUGGGGGGAGACGUGCUAGAAAAUGUACUAACGAGACUAGCCAAGUAUCCACUCCUCUAAAUAGAAACUCUCAGCCAGUUUUGGGCAAGUCUAUGGGCCAAAUGAUCCUAUCUGCGGAAUCAUGAUUUGUCCAAAUGAUCAGCGACGAAAAAUCAGUGUACCAGAACAAAGUCGCAUCCCAGUCUGUUGACAUAUUAUGAAAGCUCAGUCCUGUGCAAUGCAAUCUAUAUCAACUCUCUCCCUCUCAAUUUCAGAUGGACAGAUACCCCAGCGUAUGACAUCAUCAGUGCGUUCCCACAGCGCUGCUACAGUGAGGAUUCCCAGACACUCCUCUCCUGUGGGCUCACUCCCAAUGCUGCGCUGCUUCUUAGGACUAGGCCAGCCCCACCGCAAUGA